ACUGCUGGGUCCUGCCGCCGUCGCUCCCGCGGGUCCUAUCGCCGCCGGCUCAGCAUGAAGGUGUCGAGCGCCGCCGCCGCCAGCCCCAGCUGCGCGCUGCCGGGCGUGCGGGGCGCGGAGCCGGAGGCGGGCCGGGCGCGGGGCCGGGCGCUGCUGGAGCCGGCGGAGCAGGCGGCCGCGGCCGCGUCGCUGCUGUACGACAUGAAGGGCUGCUACUCGCGGCUGCGGGCGCUCGUGCCCACGCUGCCCCGCCACCGCCGCGUCUCCAAGGUGGAGCUGCUGCAGCACGUCAUCGACUACAUCUGGGCGCUGCAGCUGGAGCUCGACCUCGACCUGCCGCCGCCCGCCCCGCGCGACCCCGCCGAGGCAACCUGCGUGAGCGCGGCUGACCACAUCCUGUGCCGCUGACCAGGAGGACUCGUGGUGCUGAGGACUAGCUGCCUUGUCUCCCUGCCUCCCCUGGCAGGGGGGAAGGGGUCUGGAAGGUGCUGUUCCCCCUUCUUCCACCCCCUCAGCUGGAUUCACCCGAGGGGAAGACCCCUUGAGACCCCCGGCAAGCAGAGCUGAGCCUGGGCGGAGAUGAGACCCAGGACCCGCCACGCGGGGCAGCAGCCCUGGCACUCCCGGGGGCAUCGGAGCCAUGGAGGCUUCUCUGUAGGGGGGUCACGUGCUCCCAUUGACUUUUUUUUUCUUUUGAAAAACACUGAAGCCGUGUGCUUCUCAGACGCCUGAGAAGGGGCCUGUAUUGUAUAUUACAAUGAUGCUGCCGAGAAUAUUGUUCUACAAUAGCUGGAGUUUUGUUAUUAAACAAAUACCCAUGUGGA